CAUUAUCAUGACGGCCUCCUCCACGCUGCUGGCCCUCUUCCUGAUGCCCCUCUGCCUCUGGGUGUACAGCCGCCACUGGAUCAACACGGCCCUGGUGCAGCUGCUGCCCUUGGGGGCGGUGAGCCUGACGCUGGGCAGCACGCUGCUGCCCAUCGGGUUGGGGAUGCUCCUCCGCUACCGGCACCCCCGCACUGCCGACCUCCUGGUGAAGAUUUCCCUGUGGUCCCUCUUGGUGACUCUGGUGAUCCUGUUCAUCCUGACUGGGACCAUGCUGGGCCCAGAUCUGAUGGCACAUAUUCCUGCGUCUGUCUAUGCCAUUGCGGUGCUGAUGCCUCUAGCGGGGUAUGCCUUGGGAUAUGGCUUAGCCACAGUCUUUAAAAUGCCCCCACACUGCAGGAGAACAGUGUCUUUGGAAACAGGGUGCCAAAACGUCCAGCUCUGCACUGCCAUCCUAAAACUCACCUUCCCCCCGGAGCUCAUAGGGAGCAUGUACAUGUUUCCCUUGCUUUACGCGCUUUUUCAGUCAGCAGAAGCAGGACUCUUUGUGCUGCUAUACAAGAUGUAUGGGAGAGACAGCUACAAACAAGAUACGCUUGGUGAAGAGGAAGACACGGAUAUUUCCUACAAGAAACUGAAGGAAGAGGAGGUGGCUGAUACUUCGUACGGCACAGUGACCACAGAGGAGCACAACUCCGUUCAGCUGGAGCUGACACAGACGGCACUUUAG